AUGUUGGAAACGGACCGAAAUACCUGGGAUUUGGUGAUGAAUCUCAGUAAAGUGGCCUAUGAGAGGAAAGCGGACUGGGUCAUGAGUUUCUACAAAGGCUACAAGACCAUUGAUGGCAUUGAAAACUGGCCAGAGAUGGAGGUGGACUUUGCCCGGAUGUACUGGAAGCGCGAUGAAUGGGAUGACGCACUGGAAAAAGCCAUCGCUUUUGGUUUGAUCGCCUCGCAUCGUUUGGAGCAACUGGAUCCAGCUGUGGAGUUCGGUGGUGAAAGUCUUCCCUUUGUGAUUCGACUCAAUCAGUUCCAUGCUUUGCAGGUGCGCAAGAACUUUGGAAAAUUCCAGGGCGAUUUGUACUUCACCAAGGAUGGAUAUCCGGCCAUGAUGGAACUGGCAGAUGGGACCAGAGUGGCACGUGGUGACAAGGAUUGGCAAUACUGGAAAUUCGCCUGGAGGUGCUCCCUGAUCACCGUCAUCACGUUGACGGAUCAUUUGCACAUGACCCACUUCAGAGCCGCCAAUGUUAUGGCCACGGCGGUGCGAAAGACCUUGUCGCCCAACCAUCCACUGCGACGUUUGCUGUCCGUCUUCACCUUUGGAUCAAUCUUCGUGAACCUACAGGCCAUGCACACGCUGAUUGGUCCACGACAUGUGUUGCACCGCUCCACGCCUUUCGUCCAAUUCGAAGACCUCAGCGAAGUGGUGCCGCAAAACUUGUUGCCCUUGACUGAGAAGCAUAAGGCCCUGCUCAAGGAUGAGGAAUGGGCAAAGUUGCCCUCAAAAGUGCAGGAAUCGCCAUAUUUCUCCGAUGGCAAGUUGCUCUUUGACGCAGAGAGGAAGUUGUUGAAAGAUUUCCGAGAGCUCUACGGCUACGGCUCCAUGGGCAUGUGCUCAUCCAGUGAUGAUAAGAUUACUGGACCGGAGGCAGCAGGCUUCCUGAACGAGUUGGUUGCGGAGAAUGCGCAUUCUCACUAUGCCAGCUCCCUCCAUCCCAACGAGAUUUUGAUGUCCUACAUUUGGACGGUGACAGGAUGGCACCGGCAUGUUGGUACUGUCGGCGACUACUAUCGCGAUCCGGAACUUGCGUCCUUUAGUUGGCGAGACGGUGAACGUGUAGCAAGGCCCUUGCAACACAUGCAGAUGACCACUGUUGCAGUGUUUACCUCAUCUUUGCAGCCAAAAAUCAUCGAGGACUACAGUCAUGUGUUCCAGGGCAUCUACAAGGAGCCACAAAUGAUCCAGAUCAUGGAUCGUUUCCGGGCUCAGCUUGGGCGUGUGUCCAAGGAAAUCGAGAAGCGGAAUGAGAAGCGACUCCAUGAUCCUGACAUGGGAUUCAAAAAUAUCCAUGCUGAUCCCAAGAUUGUGGAAUGCUCAGUCUUGGGACUGCCUUACUACGCGUUCUACCUCCUUCCUGCUCGAUUUUGGGAACUGGCGGCUGGAGUUAUCCUCUACCUCUUCUGUGCUGAGAAGGAACGCAUCAUUUCCGAGAUGUUGAUGCGACAGCCUGCAGUACUCGCUUUGCUCCAGUUGUGGACUGCCUUGCUUUUCCUGGUGACCUUCCUGGUGAAGUUUGAAGAAAAGAACUUUCCGCUGCCUGGCGCCUUGAUGCCUGUUUUUGGCACCGUUUGCUUCAUCCUCUGUGGAUAUGCGCAGUUUGCCUUUCUGAAUCGGCUGUUGAACUUUCCCCCUGUGGUUUACAUCGGAAAGAUCUCUUACUGCGUCUACCUGUGGCAUGUUCCCGUCCUUGCACUAUGUCGAUGGCUCACUCUUGGAUCCGAUAUGCCAAUGGCUUUGCGCCUCCUUUCCUUGCUUCCUACAGCUCUUCUGGCGGUGGCCACUCACCAUCUCGUUGAAGGGCCAUUGAGGAAAGUGGAGAUCAAAUCCAAACGGAGUCUCAUCACCAGCUUUGUGGCCAGUAUCGGGGUGGCUUUCUUCGUGGUCCUGAUCGUGGUCAUUCGCCAUAGUGCCGGCAAAAGUUAUUUCUUGUGGCUGGGCUGCGUUGCCUUGAUGUGGCUGCUGAUUUUGUUCCUGCUCUUCUCCUUACAAAAAGAAGAGGCUGCAGGAUCCCGCAACCUUUUCAUCUUCACCUGCCUUUUGGUUUGUGCUUCCUUCGGCUUGACGUACAACAAUUACCAUGUGAAUUCUGACCUUCACUCGGCGGAGCAUGUCAUGGUGAAUCCGCGUGCAGAUGAGCGCGACGAGGAACCAGCCAUGGUCCAGGCAUCCUGUACUAUGUGCAGCUGCGUCAGUGAAACCUGGACCUAUCAUCUUCCGCCUGAGAGUUGCACCGCGGAUGCAUGGAGUUGUUCAUCCAGGUCACCAAGCGCCUGCUUUCAAGGAACACCUUUGAGCGAAGCGGAUUUUCAGCCACAUGUGCCAUGGGGCCACGAGAACUGCAUGGGAGUGGAACUCUCUCGUGACGAGAUCCUGAGUCGUUGCCUCACGCCGGAACGACAACGAAGCAUUUGGGUGGUGGGCGAUUCCCAUUCCUUUGCGCUGGUCCCGUGCAUAACGAUGACUGCGGAGAAGGUUGGCAUGCCAGUUCACAACUACAGCUGGCCAGCGCAUCAUGCGUGCGAUACGGACUGGGACAAGCUGUUGGACGUCUUGGAGGCAAGGGUCAACUCUGAGGACAUCGUGGCGUUUUCAGCCUGUUUCUACUGCAUGCAGUGGUGUUUGCCACAUUUCGAAGAGCUGAUUCAACGCUUGGUGGCAUUUGUUCAAAGCAGAAGUGCAAAGUUGCUGGUUUUCAAAGAUGUUCCGCUCUUAAAUCACAACUCAGUGAAUUGUGCGAAUUCUGAUCCAGGGCAAUUCACAGGAUGCUCCAUCAGCAAAGAACAAGCCACGGUGGAUGUGAAGGAUACCAACGACAUGCUGGAUGCGUACUCGAGCGACUUUGGCAUGAUAGACCUCUUUAGUCCCAUGUGCAUGGAGGGGCGCUGCGACAUUUUUGUGCCUGGUACAUCAGCUGUUGCCUGGGUCGAUAAGACUCAUAUCAACCUGAACGGUUGUCACUACUUGGCUCCUUUCAUUUGCUCAGGGAUGCGUUCUUUGGGCUACAUUUGA